UGUAGAAAAACAAAGUUGGGUUGGAUAAUAGGGAUCUAGAAAGUAGUGGUAUUUAACGUUGGUGUGGGCUGCUUUCGGCUUAUUCUUCCGAAAAUAGCCUCCUCUAUUUCUUUAUUGGGCAGCUAAAUAGGUGAAAUAGCACAAACAAGAUCUAGUAAAAUACCAAGUAGUAGCAGUACCAAAUAAUAGAAAACACAUCAAAUAUCCACCAUCUUCAAUAAUAUAAAAAAAUAAAACAAAAAAACUUUCCCCCAACAACUUCAACUUCUCUAUAAGUCAUAGGUUCCAUCUUCUUUCAAUAUAUACACAAAAAAGUUUCUCCAUUUCACAUAUCAACAUACGUUACGUUGCAACAAAAAAUCUGCAACUUUGCGGAGACCAAUUCAUUCUGAUUCUAUCGACAAAUCGCCUUCCUUAUACACAACAAAAAAAAAUGUGGAAUUUAAAUGAUUCCCCCGAUCGAAGAAUGGAGGAUGAUAAAGGUAAAUGGGUCGGAUCGGUAUCGAAUUCAAGUUCAUCAGCGGUACUUGUUGUAGAGGACGGUAAUUCAGAAGAAGAAGACGGCGAAAGAGGUAAAAAAAUGAGAAGUACACCUAGUAAAAAUUUAGAUUUUUCAGUUACUGACUACAAAUACAAUUUGGAAUUAUCGUCGGAGAGUGAACUGCCGGUAAUUACCCGGCAGUUUUUCCCCUUGGAAAAUGAGUCAAUGAAUUUUCCAAGAGCUCAAUGGGCUGGAAUUAAAUUUUGUGAAUCGGAACCACCACUUGUGACCGGUUUAGCGGGUAACCCAAUUGAGGUGUCUCAACAACAGCCAAUUAAAAAAAGCCGGCGUGGACCACGCUCAAGGAGUUCACAAUUCCGUGGUGUUACCUUUUACCGGAGGACUGGCCGGUGGGAGUCACACAUAUGGGACUGUGGGAAACAAGUUUAUCUAGGUGGAUUUGAUACAGCACAUGCAGCAGCUCGUGCAUAUGAUAGGGCAGCAAUCAAGUUUCGGGGAGUGGAGGCGGACAUAAAUUUUACCUUGGAGGAUUAUGAACAAGACUUAAAACAGAUGAGCAAUUUAACCAAGGAAGAAUUUGUACAUGUACUAAGGAGACAAAGUACUGGUUUUCCAAGAGGAAGUUCCAAGUAUAGAGGAGUCACUUUGCACAAAUGUGGUAGAUGGGAAGCAAGAAUGGGACAAUUCUUAGGCAAAAAGUACGUUUAUUUAGGCCUCUUUGAUACUGAAGUUGAAGCUGCCAGGGCUUAUGAUAAAGCUGCUAUCAAGAGUAAUGGGAAGGAUGCAGUCACCAACUUUGAUCGUAGCAUUUAUGAAAAUGAACUUAACUCAAGUGAAUGUAGUGAUAAUGCACCGGACCACAAUCUUGACUUAAGCUUAGGAGGUUCAAUUGGGGACAAUAGGGGUCAAAAUUCUUCAUCUUUGCAAUUAGAUGUCCAUUGGCACCACCAAGGGUCAAGGCCUAAUAAGCUACCUAGCCAAAUUGAUGGCCAAAGAAGAGGUGGGUAUAAUGAGACUGCAACAUUGCAACUCUUGAGCCAAACACACCUUAAUUCGCCAGGCGCAUUGCAUCCAAAUAUUAAUGAAAUGCAAAGGUUUGGCCAAUUCAUUAGAGAUGGUGAAACACAUACGGUUCAAGCGUAUCCGCGGCAGUUCAACUCAUAUCAACAGAUUUGGACUCCAAGUAGCAGCAAUGUAGGACAAAAUGGGGCAACAAGUAGUUCUCAAGAAUGGCACCACAAUUAUCCUCCUCCUCAUCAAAUAUUUGCAACUGCUGCAGCAUCAUCAGGAUUCUCUCAGCAGACAAUAACAACACAAAAUUGGUCUCAAAAUACUGGCUUCCAUCACACUUUUAUGAGACCUUCUUGACCAUUAAUUUCUUCGAUCACUACUAGAAAAUAUGGAAUUAAAAAUAGAAUUUUUCAGUAAUUUUUAAUUAAUUCAUCGCUAAAAAGAUUUUAGCUAAUUGAAUUUUCUUAAAAUUCGGCCCUAAGUCAUAGUCAAAUGGGAUUAGCAUGGUUUUUUCUUAAUUAUUUUUUAGCUAUAAUU